GAAAAAUGUUAAAAUAAAAUGUAGAGGGAGAGCAUUCACAAAUGACAAAUCUUUGACUGACAAACAUCUGAUCAUCAGAAACGAAGACACUCAUUCUCAGUGUACAAAAUACAAUGGCUGAGUAUAGUAAUGAUGCUGAAAGUGAUUAAAGUGUAGAAGGGAUUUGUGAAUGGGCCAUACAUUGUAUAAGGACUCCAUCAAUUGACAAACAGAAUGGGCUGUAGAUCCAAGUGCAGUUAUUCAAGAUUUGUUGCAAAAUGUCCAUGGGUCAUAAUCAUAGCUAUUGUUGUGAUAGCUGCUGUCUGUGCAGGCAUCAUGUUCACACAAUAUCCUCUCCCAGACUUCACAAACCCAACAAAGGGGUUUCAAGUGCGUGGUUCAGAAAUAAAGGGGAGUGCUUUAGCUCUGCAGAACCUGAGGGGUGCUGAUUUGUCCUUCACACCUCCAAUACAGGAAGAACAGGAUACCAAACCUACAAAUGGUGGAUCAAUCUUUGGUCGACGGAAACGUGAAAGUGGACCACUGCCCCAAGGAAGAAGUCUUUUCAAAGGUAUUGAGGAGUAUGGCCCAAUGAUGGACAGAGUUAAAAGACAGAGUAUGGCAGUCCUACCCUCAGACUGGAACCUCAUGGUUGACAGACGUAAAAGGCAAAGCGGAGCGCUACUACCAGCAAAUGGGAGUCAACCUUGUGUAUCUCCAUUAUCCCCAUAUUAUCCUCAGUUUGUGUUUGAAACUACCAAUGGUGAGAACCUGUUCUCAGCAAAGGCCCUCCAUGGGAUCUGUGACUUAGAAGACAAGGUACUGCCUAAGAACUAUGAUUUUGUAUCAAGUGACUGCCGUAUGCAUUCCAUAGCAAGCUACAUGUCUGUGGUUUUAAAGACUCCUUGUAAGAAUAUCACAGAUGAUCAAAUGUCACGUGAACUUAUUACAGUAGAGACUUGCGUGAGAUUAUAUUACGAUGGAUUGAUUGAUAAAUGCCUCGAGGGUGAUUUCAUUGAGUGUUUGAAGAUACCUAGCGAUUGCUUAAAUUACAGAGACGCUAUACUUGGGCUACAAUUUCUUGUAGAUAAAGAUUUCUUAAGCACAUCAUCCCCAAAUAAUACAUUUUUAAAAUACACUUUGCUAUCAUUCACAAGUUACCCUAGUUCUGGUGUAUUGCAAAGGUAUUAUUUGAAUGAAUUAGCCGGCAAAGAUCUUCAAAAUGGAGUUGUCAAAAUUACUGGAAUUAACUUUGGCAUGCAAUUUUACUUUGAUCUAUUUUCAUAUUAUCUAAUCAGUGAUAUGAUGUUUUUCGGAUUCGGCAUGGCAGUAAUAUUAUUCGUCAUGUGUGUUUAUUUGAGGUCAGUUGUCAUAACGAUAGUGUCAAUCCUUACAGUUGCAUUUUCAUUUAUCAUUGCAUACUUCCUAUACCAUGUAGUAUAUAGGCUGGAAUAUUUCCCAUUUAUGAAUAUCCUUGCUCUCCUACUGCUCAUAGGCAUUGGUGCUGAUGAUGUCUUUAUUUUCUAUGAUACAUGGGACAGGGUAGAUAGAGGAAAUCCAGAAAUGACUCUUGAGAAGAAAAUUAACUUAUCAAUGAGGUAUGCUGCAUUAUCAAUCUUCGUUACUAGCUUGACGACUGCAUCAGCGUUCUUUGCUAACACAGUCAGUGGGAUCACUGCUAUACGUCUGUUUGGAAUUUUCUCAGGUACAGCCAUUUUGGUGAAUUUUAUUUUGAUGAUCACAUUUGUGCCUGCUGUUAUAGCCCUUGUAGAGAUCAUCUAUAAAAGGUGUUGUAGCACACUGACCUGCUGCGGUUGUGUCUGCUGGGAGACUGUUGGUGUUUGCUUGAAUAAAAUUUCCAGCGGAUUGUUUGAUAAAGCUUUGCCAUUUCUCAUUAACAAGCUUUGGUUCAUUUGGAUCUUGAUAUUCCUGGGUGUAGGGACAGGUGGUGCUUAUUUGACAUUUGUUAAUCCACGGCUGAAACUGCCAUCUUCAAGAAACUUUCAGAUGUUUCCAACUUCACACCCCAUAGAAAACUUCAUCAAAAAUCAGGUCACAAAAUUCAAUGUGACAGCGGCUGAAGAUACACAUUAUAUUUCAAUAGAGAUUGCAUGGGGUCUCAAAAAUGUUGAUAAUGGGAAGUGGUAUGAUCCUGAUGAUACUGGGUACUUGGAAUUUGAUUCAAGUUUUGACAUGAGCAGUAAAGCAGCCCAGUUGUGGAUGCUAGAUUUCUGUGUAUCUUUAAGGAAUCAAUCAUUUGUUAAAUCAGAUACAUAUGAGAAUUUGAUGUGUAGUUUUGAACAGUUUCGUGAUAUUAUAGAAGGCAGAUGCUUUCAAAUAAGGCACACAGAUCAUGUGCACAAUAUACGCUCUUGCUGUAAUACUACUUUUCCAAUGGAACCAAACAUGUUUCGAAAAUGUUUUCGAGAACUUACAUCUCUUGGUCAGCUUUUAGGAUUCAAUGGACGAUCGAGAUGGGAUAGAACACCUGAAGCCAAUUUAAAGGCAUUUACUCUUAGAUUCACCACUAGGGAAGAGUAUUCAGCAUCCUUUGAACACAUGGAUUUUAUUUACAAAGAGAUAGAAACCUUCAUUAAUGAAGGAUUGAAAAGUGCACCCUCCGGUGUGAAUAAUUUUUUCUUUGGUUCAAGAUACGAUUUUCAAUUCUACGACCUCCAAAGGGCUUUAUCUAGUGGUACAUACUACUCAAUAGGAUUAUCACUUGGAUUGGCUUUUGUUGUGAUGCUCUUCACUUCUCUCAAUAUUUUCAUUACUUUAUAUGCUAUUGUGACUAUAACGUUAACUAUAGCUAGCACUGUCGGCACACUGGUUCUGCUUGGGUGGGAAUUGAAUAUUCUAGAGUCAGUAACAAUAUCCCUUGCUGUCGGAUUAUCCAUUGAUUUUGCAAUACAUUAUGGUGUAGCUUAUAGGUUAUCAAAGGAAAUUUCACGAAGAAAGAGAGUAUCAGAGUCAUUUAGUCAUGUAGGGCCCGCAGUGUCCAUGGCUGCAUUAACUACAUUUCUAGCUGGGGCUGUUCUUAUUCCAGCCCAUAUUCAACCAUAUAAACGUUUGAGCACAUUUCUGAUGUUAGUCAUGGCAUAUAGCUGGCUUUUUUCAACCUUCUUCUUCCAGUCCCUUUGUCGAAUCAUUGGUCCUAUGGGAAAUAUAGGCCAGAUUCCUUCUCCCUUACAAUGCUGUAAAGGUGAAGGAAAUAAGAAAUCCAACAGCUAUGAUUUACCAGAAAAUCCAUCCCAAUUAAAUUUAUAUGGAUUGGAGAAUCCAGUAUCCGAUAAUGCUUUGAACACAAAGUACACAGACUCAAUUGAAUUUGAUGACAAUCAACCUGCUACAUUUAGUAGAAUGAAUGGCAAAGUUGCAUAGAAUGUAUCUCUUGAUACUGUAGGUUUACAUUAUAUAUAUUCAUGUAUUUCACUCUAUAUAUGUGAAAUGUAAUACUGAAAAAUGUUAAACAGUGUUGUAAGGCAUGCAAGUGGCCAUGUACUUAUUAU